GGUUCAGAUUAUUCAGCCUUGGGCAAAGACUUUGUGCUGAAUAAGUAUAAAGAUAGGGAUAGUGACAAACCAAGAAAAAAUCCUACUUCUUCUCCAACAAAAUCAUCUGAUAAAGAAAUAGCUGGUUCUUAUAACUCUACUGAAUUUACUGUGCAUAAGCCUAUUCAAUACUUGCAAACUACUGAUAAUAAACUUUUCUUAGUCAAUGAAGUUCCUUUCAAUCGCUAUAAAGAAGGAGAUCUGUUAGCAGUAGAUUUGGAUCGGACUCGUUUCUUUUCUCCGAAUGUUGAGAGGGGUAAAAUAUGGGGUAAUAGUGGCAUAGUAACUAAAUUAGUAGCCAAGGAUCCCUCUGCUCCUUCUUACAAAAAUAUUCCUAUUUAUAAGAGUGAAGAGUUUGAAGGGGACACUCUCAAAGGAGAUUUAAAAUUAGAGAGAUUUACUAACUUGCGGACUUUAAUAAUUUCCUCGCACAAGUUAACCAGUUUAAAUUUAAGCGAAUGUAAAAAUCUUAGAGAGUUAGAUUGCAGUAAUAAUGACCUCAAUGAUUUAAACAUUAGUGGUUGUUCUAAACUCAAAAAGAUUAAUUGCAUUGGUAACAAUUUUUUAGAAGAAAUAGAUAUUAGCAGUUGUUCAGAAUUAACUGAAAUAGGAUCUGGUUUUACUCGUGAUACCGAGGAUGGCAAACUAGUAAAGGGUUCAUUAAUAACCCACGCCAAAGAAGACAGUAUUAGAAACAUCUUAAUAAUUGGCAUAACUGGCAAUGGUAAGUCUGCUUUAGCUAAUGUCUUAACUAACACUAACCAAUUCAAAGAAGAAAAUUCUAGCACUAGUGUCACAAAAAAAGAAAACGCCUUGCUUCGAAUAGGAGAAGGAAUUUAUUCAGCCAAAGAAGGAAUAAAUCAAGUUCUUUUUGUCUUUAAAGAAAAAUUUUCUCCUAAUCAAAUAAUGGCUUUUAAUCUCUUUAAAGAUUUUAUCUCUGAGAGUGGCAUCACUAAGUUUACUACUAUCAUCAGAACUAAUUUCCGUGAUUUCCGCGGAAAGCAAAAAUGUCAAGAAGAUAAAGAUAAUUUACUUUCUCAAAGUUUGGAAAUCAGCGAAAUAAUUAAUUCUUGUAAUGAUAUUAUCCAUGUAGAUAAUCCACCAAUACCAGUAAUCAAUGAGGAAGACAGUGAAGGAGAAAGGGAAGAUAAGCAAGUAGAACUUAACAAAAACGAAAAAGUUAGAGAGCAAGAAAUAGUCAAAAAAGAUGAUAGUUUAAUUAAGGAGGAAGAAUUAAAAAAGGAAAUAGUAGAAACAACUAAAGAAAUAAAAUUACGUCUCGAAGCUGACCCUUUAACUUGCAAGGCAGCCAUUGAAGGAAAAUCCACCUUAGCCAAUGUAUUGGUUAAUAUUGAAAAUAAGUUUAAAGAAAGUUCUAGCAGUGCUAGUGAAACCAAAAAAGUUCAAUUUGAAAAAUUUGAAGAUAAAGGUGCUAAUUAUUUGAUAAUUGACACUAUUGGUAUUGGUGAUACCAAAUUAAAACAAAACGAAGUAUUAGACAUAAUAGCCGAAGCAGUUUAUUUAGUUCGAAAAGGCAUCAGCCAAAUUCUUUUUGUUACAGAUGGUCGAUUUGACCAAUCAGAAAUGUCUACUUAUGAUUUACUAAGAACUAUUAUUUUUGAUAAAGAAAUUACACAAUACACCACUAUAGUAAGAACUAAGUUCCCUGAUUUUAGAAAAGCAAAGAAGUGUCAAGAGGAUGUCGAAGUUCUAGUUAAAGAAGAAGGAAGGCUAAAAGAAAUAAUUGAAUCUUGUCAAAAGAGAGUUAUCCAUGUUGAUAGUCCCUCCAUAAUUGCAGCAGUUGUUGACGAAGAAAAUGAAGAGGAGAGAGAAAGCGAAAACCAGGUGCUAAACAUAAAUAGAAAAAAGAGGAUUAAAUCACGAGAAAUAUUACUAACUAAUUUGCAAAACAUUUGCUCUAAAAAAGAAGAUUAUAGACCUGAAAAAUUGGCCAAAUUAAUUAACAGCCAAGAAAUUGAAACUAAAGAAUAUGAAAAUGAAUUUGAUAGAGUUUCAGUAGAAAACAGUAAAAUUAGUCAGGAAGUUGAGAAAGAAAAACAAACUAGUAAUAACCAAAGUGUUAUAAUUAAAAGUGGCAUAAGGAUUGAAGAAAAAAUAACAAUUUCAAAAAGUGAUGUAGCCAUUAGUAUGAAUAUCGAGGAAAUAAUAGAAAAGUUAGAGAACAAAAAAACUAGGCUAAUCAAAGAAAUCCAAGAAAAAAAAGAAGUUAUUCGUCAAAAAGUAUUAAAACACAUCUUCAAUAAUUAUGAAAGCAUUACUGAGGUUCAAGGCGGAGAUAAUGAACAAAUAACAGUAGGAAAAGCACUAGAUAAUUUUAUUGAUUUUGGUAUUGAACAACUAAAAAAGAAAUAUUGUGGACGAUUGGAAGAAGAAAUAAACAUAUUUGAUCGACAUAAUAAAAGGUUAGAGAAAGAAAAAAAUAGUCAAGAAAAAGUUAUUAAUCGGCUAAAAAAGUUAGAAGAAGUAAUAAAAGAAGAGCUUGGUGAUGAAUACUUUGCGCAGUUAACACUGGAAGAAUAUAGUGAUGAAUUUGAAGACAAAGAUCAUCAAAUAGAAAACUUAAAAAGGAAAGUAGAGCAUUCAGAAGAGAAAAUAAAACAAUUCCAAAAAGAAAGAACAUUAUUUGAGGAAGAAGAGGUAAAAAUUAGGUAUUUAGAAGUCCGAGUGCAGGAGUUAACUAAUUUAAUUAAACAACAGAAAGACAAAAUCAUGAGUUCUUUUUUACGACUUUUCCCAGAAAGGGAGUUACUACAAGAAUUAAUUAAUGUUCAUUUAGAAUUCACCAAAUUCAAAAAUCAAGGGAUUGCCUCUCUUGACUACAAUGAAAAAUGUGAAGAGUAUGAGAAGAAAUCGUUAAGUAUCAAAAGACAGUUACGAACUAAACUAGACAAGAAGACUAUGAAUGAAGUUUGGCGUAUCCUUAUUGAUUGUGAAAAAUUGGUAGAGCAAGAAUUAGAAUUAGAAGUUAAACUUAGUGAUAAAUCAUUGCUGAUUGAAGAACAAAAACAAAACCCUAUCCUACAAACUAACGACAGUAAAGAAAAGCUGAAAGAGCAGGAAGUAACUCAUCAAAAUCAGGUGAAAUUAUUCAAGAGAACAAGGAGCAACUCGAUAGUGACUGAAAUAGCCAAACUACAAGAACAAUUAGAAGCCAAGCAAGAAGAAAUUAAUUAUCUAAAAGAAAAAUCACUUAUUCCUAUACCUGAAAACCAAGAUGAAAGUUUAUUUAGUCAGUCAAUUAACGAACUAGAAGAAAAACAAGUCCCUACCCCUGAUUUAAUGGAGAAACUAAAGGAACAAAAAAAUGAAUUGUCUAACUUGCAAAAAUCAAAUAAAAAAUUAAGAAAGCAACUUUCUUCUUUUGAAGAACUUUACUUUGCUAAAAAACAAACAAUUGAGCAAAAGGAAAAAGAAUUAGAGGAAUUAAAAAAUAGUUUCCUAGAAAAAACUGGUAAUUAUAAUAAAGAAAAAUUAUGGGAAAAUUUCACUAAACUUUUAGAGUUUCAAGCAGAUAUAAUCAUCUCUAAUUCUUCUCCCUUUUUGAUUAAAGAAAAGCAAAAGAUGAAAGAAAAGUUGAUCGUAAAAACAUUGAUAACUGGUGGUGAAUUAGACAAUCUUUGUCAACUACAAACAGAAAUCACACAGUUAAAGUUAGAAAUACAAAGGAAACUCAAUAAUAUUAACCAAACUUUCCAUAUCGACAACCGAACAAUUAACCAGCAAAUAAAAAACAUUCAAGGUUUUAAUAUUGGGGGUAGUAAUAAUACUCUUAAUGAAUUUUUUGAAGAACUGGAAGAAAGUGAAGCAAAUGUUAAUACUGGCAAUAAUUGA